AUGGAAUUCUUGCAGCGUGGGUUUGAAUCACCUGCCUGCAUAGACUCCGCUAAUGAAACAUCGUACAACACACGAAGCCUUUAUUAUCAAGCCGAAGACAUCAAUUAUACAAACCAGUGGGCCGAAUUCAACAUCUUAUUGAUCAAAGAGCAGUACAGUGCCUUGCUUCAAUCAACCAAAAUCGCAGUAUAUAAUGAUUUCUUUUCGCCUCAGUCCCCCCCGCCGCCUGUCGUCACCAAUGAAGUCGUCUGUUGGCGCGUAUGGCAGCACAUCAUGCCCCGAGCUGCACGCGCCCUUUGCUACGGAUUCAAGUCGCUGAACGCGAAUAGCCCCUCAUCUGCACUGAAAGCACUUAUACUUGAUGGUGGAACUGCAGGCUUGACUCCUGACCACUUUGCACCAGACCUAGGCUUCUUCGAUGACAGCCUUCCUUGUGAGACAAGAUCGAACCGAGCCCCUGGAGUAUGCCAGCUAUCAAGCAGAUGGUCGUUUGCGCUGCAGAGCCAUCCGAACCCGGCUAAGCGACGAGAGUUCAAACAGCUUUUGUCACGGGUCAAUUGGUAUAUGCGGCAGCAUCACACGCGCUAUGGGUUCAUCCUGACAGACCGCGAGUUUGUGGCAAUACGACGGCUGGACGGGCCCGGAAAGGGAAAUUUGGAGCUGUCAGAACCGGUUUUCUGGGAGGCUUCGGGCACAGUGUCUGACCCACGACUGACGAUUCUUCUCGGGCUUUGGUAUCUGGGGAUGCUUGCUGCAGAUGAGGAGAGCUGCUUUCUCGAGUGA